GUUUCCUGUCGGCGGCAGAUUCGGUUGUUUGCUAAGAGGUUUGUGAGUUGAUAAAACCAAACACAAAGAAACGAGAAUGGAGCCGGCAAUGGAUUCCCAAAAUCAGCAGGGCUCAUCCUCAAAUAAUGAUCACCCACCAUCAUCCGUUUCUGAGGGGGUAACGCCCAUUCAUUUAUUAAGGAUGAAAGAUAUUAUGGCAAACCAGUGUUUUGACAUGAAUAUUAAGGUCAAUAUGGGAAAACUUAAAAGAUCAUGUGACACGUUCGAUACUGAAGCAGACCUGUCCAAAUAUGAAAACGCAAUAGAACAGGCAAGACUCUCACAUUUCAACAAAACACUGGCACUGAACAGAAUGCAGGUUUGGAACGCCGUCAUUGAGAACCUGAUCCAGAAUGAUGCUGGCGAUGUGUCAUUGAAGGCAAUGGUUGAUGAAAAUGCAGACCUCUGUGAAAAGACAAUGAAACUUAUAAAGGAAACACGUGAACUUCAGGACCAAAUUACAGACAUUCAAAAGGAGAGACUCGAGAUGAAGGGGCUCAUUAAGAAGAAGAUGCAAGAGAUUAAUGAGCUGAAACAGAUGAGAGAGAAUCAAGGGCAGGCACAGAAACAGGCUGUGGAGCGUGCUGAAGCAAUCUUGCAGAAGUACCAGAAGAUCGCCACCAUUUCCCAAAACGUCCUCCGGGGGAUCAUACUUGCCAGCAAGGUCAACUGGAUAGAUGACCCUAAACUGAAAGACAUUGCAAUGGGACUGGAAAACAUCCCUAAGUGAAGAGGAUCUAUAUAUAUACACACACGUUGUAAAUAUUGCAUUUUAUACUACAGUCCUAAAGCAAUACAUCUUCCAGAGUGAACAGGAUUAGUAAAAUUGUAGGUUUAAAUAUCAGACCGACAGUAUCAUGCAUACCUACAGCUGAUUCAGCAGUAUUCUGUUCAGUGACUCCAUUUCCUUACUACACAAGAGUGAGACUGGCUGAAGUGGAAUGAGAGAAAAAUGGAUGCCAUUUUGAAUGGACCAAUAUGUAUGUACAGUGAA